UGAAAAACAGAGUUAAACUAACCCAAAUUUUUGUGGUGAUAUAAUUACUUUCUUGUAAAAUUGCAGUUACUACACUAUCUCUAGUGACAUGUCAGAUGUUACUCGUAAAUAUUUUGUUGUCACUUUUUAACCUUUUUAGUAAUGAGUAUUAAAAAGGCCGUCAGUGCAACAAAUCAAAUUCGAAAACUACACACGUCGAGGAGUCUAACAUCUAGCAAAAACCCGAAAAAUCACUACGACUCGCUGGGCAUAACGCAGAAGGCUACACAGGGUGACGUAAAGAGCGCUUAUUAUAAUCUAUCAAAGGUUUACCAUCCUGACAAGAGCAAAGGCAAUCAGGAGCAUCUUCAGAAAUUUAGGGACAUUUCAGAAGCAUACGAAGUGCUUGGGAACGUAAAAACUAGAAAAAUGUAUGACAAAGGGUUUUACGUGCCUUCAGAGCAAGAUGUUACAUCGGCCGAGGAUCCGUUGCACAAGUUUUAUAAGUCAAGGGAAAGACGGUCUCAAGUUCCGCCUUGGUCUGGUCGGACGCCUAUCUACGAUUUUGACGAGUGGUCCAAAGCGCAUUACGAAACGACGUUUAAGAGAUCUCGAGAUUUCAAGCAACAUGCCCAGACUGUAGAUUCAUAUAGAAGAGAACAGAAAGAAGAGUUGGAAACAAAGUUGUUAUGCAUAUUCAUCAUAACAGUGAUUGUAUCGGGAGUAAUUUACAUUGAUCAUUCUGGCUAUGACAAUGUUAAAACGCCGCAGAGGACAAAUAAUUCAAGCCACCUAGAUUGAUGACCAGUUUGGCUAGUUUGAUUGUAUUUAGAUCAAAAUUAACAAGUUUCGAUUUUUCGAGCUUUAUUUGUGUAGGCAAUUGCUAAGAAAACAGCUCAUAAAUUAUGUGUAUAUGUAAAUAAUUUAAUAAAAAUGUUUCAAAUUCUAUAUUGCAACAAUUUAGAAUGGCAAUAUUGUUGGGAUGUUGGGAUAAACAAGGUAUCAAGUUUUUUUUAAAAUUUUCAUUCAAUUCAGGGCUAGCAACUUAAAUUACAAUUUUUUGCUCUAAAUA